AUGAUGUGUAAAAACUGGAUAUUAAUGUCUACUACUAUUCCCGCAAGUCCAGAAGAUGAAAUUGUUGGAAGACUUCUAAAAAUUUUGUUUGUUAUCUUUGUUGACUUUAUGUCUAUUGUAUAUGUCAUUAUAACUUCCUGA